UUUACUUCUGGGAUUUGUUCUGUGUUUCACUUUAUAUUUAUUAUUAAAUAUUCAUGUAUUUAUUCUUUUCCCUAUUCAAAAUUCUUCCUUCGAAAUGUGGGAUUUCUCUGUGCCUUCUUGAAAAAAAAAUUAUUUUAGCGCUGACUGCAUGGUUUGGAGUGCACUUUCCGAAUCUAAUAUGCUCCCUUUUUUGGGUGUUUUACAGGAUACAAAGAAAAAAAAAAAGAAAGCUCACGACUGUUCGACGAAAUCAGGCUUACAGCAAUAACAAUAAGGAUUAUCAAAUAUAUAUGGAAUAUUAAGCACAAGCAUCCAUUGUUGUUAUUUUAGUUCUAGAAUGGAGCGAGAUAGAAAUAUAGAGGCAAAAGUUGUUUGAUUUAAUUGCUUUUAUGGUAACUUGAAAGACGGUUUUAUAUUUUCGUUGUUGAUGGAUUCGAAUAGAGGACGGAUUUUGUCGCCGUAUGAAUUUCAUAUCUAAAUGGUUUUGCUUUAAUUUAUAUGCACUUUUUUCGUGUGAUUUUAGCAAAUGUAAUAAAUACUAGUGACACGACUCUCACAUGUUUUAUUUUUUCUUUACCCGAAUAAGACCGACAAAAUAUUUUUUCACUGUUUUGUUCUCUAAUAUUGAAUACCAUUAACGCGACUUUUCCUGUGACUUUUAUACUGAUUACUAAAGAAAGUGUCGUCAUCAGCAGAUCCGUCGACGAUAUGUCUUCUACCAUGUCUUCUGUGGGCCUCCGCACAGCCAAGCCAGCUUCGUCUUGCUUCAAAGCUCACUUAGAACCCUUCGCAAACCCGCAAGAAGCUCUAAAGCGAGCUCACCAGCUGGUCAACUCCGGAGACUGGGAGAGUCAGGUUGAAGGAAUCCAAGACAUCGUACGGCUGGCAGAGCAUCAUCCCGAGGUGCUGCAGAGCGACUUGCAUCAGAUCAACAUGAGUCUCCUGAAGCAAGCCAAAAACUUGCGAUCUCAAGUCUCCCGCGCAAGCAUCCAGGCCUUCACUCUUCUCUUCGAUGUUAUGAAGAGAAAUAUGGAGCCGGACGUGGAGAAGAUCACCAGUCUGCUGUUGCACAAAACGUCUGACACCAACAAGUUCCUGCAACUGGACAGCAACCACGGGCUUGAUGCGCUCGUAGAAAACGUGAGCCCUAACAAAGCCAUCCCGGCGAUUGUGCAGGAGGGACUAAAUCACAAGAACCCGACCGUGAGAACCACAGUGGCUCGCCUCCUGACGUACGAAGUGGAGCGACUUGGGGCUAGUAAGGUUCUCUCGGGGCAGAAGGACAUCACGGACCGCCUGCUGCCUGCUGCUGCUAAGCUCGCGCAGGAAGGGAGCUUAGAAACGAGGAAAUAUGCAAAACACAUCUUCCAGCAGUUGUCGCAGCAGGGGAGCUUCGACGCAGCACUGAAGAAAUACGUGUCCCAUAAUGACUUAAGAAACAUACAAAAGUUCCUCGACAACUUAUCCAGCGAGGGUCGAACCAUACGGGAGUCGGCUCGCUCCAAGUUCUCCGUGGGAUCGCGCUACACACGGACCAUGUAGUAGCGGCGCAGUCCGUAGGCCUACAUUCGGCAUUUUCACAAAUUAUCAUCGUAUUUUCCGGGAGCGGAAUUCUCGUGGUUUAAUUCCCACACGAAGGGAAUCAGUUCCUCAUGAAACUUUCAUAUUCCAUAGCUCAUUGAUAUUUGUAUUGUACAUUGGAAUAUUACGGAGGGUCGAUUCGAAAAUGUUUUUGGCGGUGGAGUUUUUUUCAAAGAAAAAAAAUAUUGAAUUUGGUCACGUGAUUUGUGGUUUCGAAAACGAUUUUUGUGGUGGUCGAAGCCUUUUUUUCUCUCCGUGAAAACGUGUUUUGAGAGACCACGUGACGCGUGAUUUCAAAAACGAUUUUUGUGGUGUUUAAAGUAGCUGAGAUUUUUUUCUGAAAAAGAGAAACCAGCAAACAAACAUAUAUGAUUUGGAUAGGUCACGUGAACAAGAGUGUAGAAAAAGCCUUGGAAAAGGACAUAUAACUCUCCUUGCUAAACUCACAUGACUUUUAACCCAAGCCGGCGUUUAAGCCAACCAAAGUUGCACAAGAAAGGUGAACAAAAUAACGUCCAUUUUAGUGCCUCGAAUUCAGAGACUUCACGCGGUAUUUCAGUUGUGAUGAAGACUUUGUUCACGACUAGUUUACUAUUUUCAGUUUGAAUGUUGAAAAUAUAUAAUUAUCGUUUAGAUCAGUGGAUAUGUAUUGAAUUAUGACGAGCAAAUAAAUUGUUAUUGACGUUUCUGUUAAACUAGAAUUGAGUAUAUACUUGUAUAUAUGUAUUCACAUAUCAGAGUUAUUUGAAAUAGGAAAUUAAUGGUGGAUUACGUGAGAAUAUUACCCCUUCUGUAUUCUAAAGUUAUUUUGAUAUAUAUAUUUAUUUUCAUGAUAGGUAAACGCACUUGUAUACAUGAUCAUUCUAUUUAUUUUCUUAGUAUGCGGGGUUUGCCAUUACAUAUUAUAAUGAUAUAUAUGGUUAGUUGGCGUUAAUAAGAUAUAUGAAAUAUUUAUUUUAAGCAAAGAGUUCUUCGUGUUAAAAGAUCUUAUUAAAAUAUAUAUUUACCAGCCUGUGAUAAGUGCCGUCCAAAGUAUGUUUUUUUUAUUGGUUCAUCUUUUUGGUUUUGUUUCGUUGCCUUUGACAUAAAGUUAUUGAUUUUAAAUUUCUGAAUAGAUCUCAUUUUGUUCUGUUGUGAAAUUUCUCACUGCUUUUUAUUCAUUGUGAUUUUUUUUUUCUAUUCUAAAACUGAAUUAUGAUCAUCUACUAUAUGUACUCAGGUAGAAACACACACGUAUUUUUUAUUUUUAUUUAUUUAUUAUUUAUUUUUUAUUUAUUUAUUUAUUUUUUUUUUGGUAUAAUGUGAUGUAAUAUCAUGCGAUCAUACUUUCUAUAUGGCCACAGCAUAAGAAUUAGUUUACGAUAUGAAGAAAUGUGAGGUUAUCAAUAAAUUAUAUACAUAUAUGUAGAAACCAUAAGUACAUAUAUGCAUACAUACAUAUGUAUAACCACAAAACAAACACACAC